AGCUGCACGUUUUGCCAGAGGCCGCAUUAUGCGUCGGCGCAAGGCCAGCCCUGCCCGCGGCGGGGAACCCCGAUGCUGAGCGGGCGAGGCCCCAGCUCGCGCCGAGGUGCUGGUUCGGCUGGCCAUGGGGAACACGCCCUGUGCUGUCUGCUGCACCGACGAGGAGGCCGCCGUCGUGCCCGUGGACGCGUCGUACCACUUCGGCGAGGGCCAGAGUUCGAAGCAGCCGAACGCCCCCACCAAGUUUGCGAAGGAUACCGCCUCCGCACAGGCCGGCUACACCGGCGAGUGGAAGGGCAGGCUCAGGCACGGGCAGGGGAUCCAGGUGUGGCCCAACGGCGCGAAGUACGAGGGCCACUGGCAGGACGACAAGGCGCACGGCCAUGGCAGGCUUGACCACGUCGACGGGGACGUGUACGAGGGCGCGUGGAGGGCAGACAAGGCCCACGGCCGCGGCGUCUACUACCACGUAGACGGCUCGAAAUACGACGGCCAGUGGAAGGACGACCAGCAGGAAGGCCACGGCGUAGAGCAGUGGCCCGACGGCGCCCGGUACUCGGGCGAGUACCGCUCUGGCAGAAAGCACGGCAUCGGCGACUUCUCUUGGCCCGACGGCUCGUCUUACCGCGGAGAGGUGGCGAACAACGACAUCAGCGGCACGGGUCGUUACUGCUGGCGCGACGGACGGCACUUCGACGGGCAGUGGGUCGCCGGCAAGAUGCACGGCUCUGGAGUUUUCUGCUGGAAGGACGGCCGGUCGUACGUCGGCGACGCCGCCCGCUCCCGAGGACGGCCACGGGGUCUUCAGGUGGCCCGACGGCCGCCGCUUCGAGGGCCAGUGGAAGGACGGCAGGCAGCACGGCUCGGGCGUCUACGUGUCGCCCUCCGGCGAGCGCUGCACAGGCGAGUGGCUGGACGGCAAGAGGGCCAACCCUCCCGCGGGCAAGGACUCUGGCGAGGUGGGCACGUUGAAAGAGAGGUGACCUGGUGCGCGGCGGCACCCACCGUCCCGUCCUGUCCCCUCUGAUCUGUGCCCCGCCCCGUUCACGCCCCGCCUUCCACCGUCUCACGGCCAGCUGUGCCCUUCCAGCCUCGAUGCUCCAGCUGGCGCCGGGUUUAAUGGCAAGUCCGAGCGGGAAGAUGGCUGGUUUAGGUCAAGCCGUCUCCCGUGGACAGAAUUUGCUGCUGC